AUGAAUCUUCGCAGGAACGGGAUGCACGCUUACGGAGGGAUGUCUCUCGCCGUCAGCAAAGGCGCGUCAGAGAAACCGUUCAGGAGCGAAGUGACAGAUUGCGGCAGCUAUCACAACGCCAACAGCUGUGUGAACAAGAAAGCCGUGACGAACGAGCUGCACGACGCAGGCGAGACGCGGAACGCCACCGGCAAAUGCGAGCACGAGAAAGCAGUGAGGAAAGUGCUGCGCGAGGAAGGGAAGAUGUUGAACGUCCACGACGGAUGCGCGAACGAGAAGGUAGCGAAGAAAGGCGUGUUCGUCUUGCGAGUGAUGCUGAGCGUCACCAAAUGUUGCGCAAUCCAUCGUCCAGAGUGCUUGGAGCAACCACGAGGAAUCGCUUCGCAAAAUCCAGUUACCUGGUGUUUCGGACUAUGUUUAUGA